AUGAGGGUGUUCAAGAGCUUGGUUCUUUUAUUUCUGCUACUUGUAGUGAGAGGUUCUAUGGUACAGCUGAAAAAUGGUGGCUAUGAGGGUAUUGUUAUUGCAAUUAACCCUGAGUUACCAGAAGAUGACAAUAUCGUAAGAAACAUACAGGACAUGGUCAAAGAGGCUUCUACUUACUUAUUCAAUGCUACAAAACAGAGAUAUUUUUUCAAGACUGUAAAAAUUAUAAUUCCUUUGCAUUGGCUGCCAAAACCUGAGUAUUUAAGUGUAAAAACAGAGUCAUAUGAUAAGGCAGAUGUUAUCGUGGCUAAUCCUUUCUUGAAAUACGGAGAUGAUCCCUACACGCUGCAAUAUGGAGGAUGUGGGGAAAAGGGACGAUACAUUCAUUUCACUCCAAACUUCCUGUUAAAUGACAAUUUGUAUAACAUCUAUGGAUCACGAGCCAAAGUUUUUGUCCAUGAAUGGGCCCAUCUUCGUUGGGGGGUGUUUGAUGAAUACAAUAAUGAUGCACCUUUCUAUGUGUCUGUAGACUCUGGAAAAGCAAGUGUUGAAGCAACAAGGUGUUCAGCUAGUGUCACUGGGAAAUACAUAGUUCAAAGCUGCACAGGAAACAGCUGCACGACAAGAGAAUGCAAAUAUGAUGAACAGACAAAGCUGUAUGAAGCUGGAUGUAAAUUUGUACCAGAUAAAAUACAAAAUGCCCCAGCAUCUAUAAUGUAUAUGCAGAGCCUCCCUUCGGUGGUUGAGUUUUGUGAUCAAAGUACUCAUAAUGAAAAGGCUACAAAUCUGCAGAACAAAAUGUGUAACUACCACAGCACCUGGGAAAUAAUUAUGAACUCUCCUGACUUCAGUAACACCUCUCCAAUAAAUAGCGCAAGUCCUCCAUUUGAGACCUCCUUCUCAUUGCUGCAGACCAAAGACAGAGUAGUCUGUCUAGUACUUGAUGUUUCUGGGAGCAUGACUGGGAAUAACCGCAUUAAACGUCUCUACCAAGCUGCAGAAAUAUUCCUGCUACAGAUUAUCGAAAUGGGUUCCUGGGUUGGAAUUGUCACAUUCGAUUCUACAGCACAAAUUAAAAUUAAUCUACAACAAAUAGUCAGUGAGAAUGUACGCCAGGAUCUUAUUACAUACCUGCCUACAACAGCUGGUGGAGGAACUAACAUCUGCGAAGGAGUACGCAAAGGAUUUGAGGUUAUUAAACAAAAAUACUCUAAUCUCUAUGGUUCUGAAAUUGUACUGCUGACAGAUGGAGAGGAUGGGAGUAUGAGCAGUUGCCUUACAGAGGUGAAAAACAGUGGAUCGAUCAUUCACACCAUUGCCUUGGGGCCAAACGCUGCUCCAGAGCUAGAACAAUUUUCAAAUAUGACAGGAGGCUUAAGGUUUUAUGCCACAGAUACAGUUGACUCCAAUGGCCUUAUUGACGCAUUCAGUGGAAUUUCAUCAGGAAGUGGAAAUAUUUCUGAACAGUCUAUUCAGCUUGAAAGUACAGCUCGGAGUGUCGCAGUCAAGCAGUGGAUGAAUGGUACAGUGACUGUAGAUAGCACUGUGGGAAAUGACACCUUCUUUGUAGUUACAUGGGAUGGAAUCACAUCUCCACCAGACAUUUUACUGAGGGACCCAAAAGGAAAAGAAUAUAGAAUGUCAGACUUCACAGUUAGUAAUCUAAACCUCCGAACAGCUCGACUGAGUAUAGCAGGCACUGCAGAGGUGGGGGAUUGGUAUUAUUGGAUUCAAAAUAACCAUAUAGCCCCUCAAGUCAUAUCAAUGAUAGUAACCUCUCGAGCGGCAUCUUUGGCUGUGCCUCCAGUGACUGUGAAAGCCCACAUGAAUAAGGAUACAAACAACUUCCCUAAUCCGAUGGUGAUUUAUGCAGAAGUUAGUCAAGGAUUCUUGCCUGUUCUUGGUGCAACCGUGAUGGCCACUGUUGAACCACAGACUGGAUCUGCAGUGGAGCUCAAACUCCUUGAUGAUGGUUCAGGUGCUGAUAUUACCAAGAAUGAUGGAAUCUAUUCAAAGUACUUUACAUCUUUCAAAGGAAAUGGCAGAUACAACUUAAAAGUGCGUGCCCAAGGGAAAGAUAUGAUUGUCAGACGUCGCCGUAGGCAGAGUCAAGCCUUGCAUGUUGCAGGCUACAUAGAAAAUGGUGAAAUUAAAAUGAAUGCACCGAGACCUGAAGUUACUGAUGAUGAAAUUCAAGCAAAGCUAGGAAGUUUCAAUAGAGUUGCCUCAGGAGGUUCUUUUGUAAUGGAAAAUGUUCCUUCAGGAGGAACUACUGAUGUGUUCCCACCCUGUAAAAUUAUUGACCUUGAGGCUCAUUCUGAAAAAGAUAAAAUUCGCUUGUCUUGGACAGCUCCCGGGAAUGACUUUGAUGUGGGACAAGCUGACAGAUACAUAAUAAAAAUGAGUGAAAGUUUUCUGGACCUAAGAAACACCUUUGAGAAUGCUACUUCCGUGAAUACCUCUGGUCUGGUACCUAACCCUGCCGGCACCAAAGAAUCAUUUCAGUUUAAACCAGAAAAUUUCACAAUAGAAAAUGACACCAUAAUCUACUUUGCAAUACGUGCCAUUGAUAAUGCCUCCCUGCCCUCAGAAAUGUCUAAUAUAGCACAAGCAGCUUUGUUUGUCCCUCCAAAGGAAUCCUCGCCUGAUGGUGCUCCUAAUGAUGAUGUUAUCAAUGAAGGUAUUAAUGUUUUAACAAUAGUGUUAAUAGUAGCUGGGUCUGUAAUAGUUGUAUCAAUAGCUGUAAGUAUAACUGUUUGCAUUUUACACAAGAAAAAUAGAAGGGGAGGCCCUGAGCUCAGCAUGUGCUAA